UUGCAAUAUGAUUUCUAAAAUAAAAAUAUGUGUUUCCUAAUUAAAAUUGGUAAUAUUUAAGUGUAAAUAAAUAAAUAUCGGCAAGCGUACUAUCGCGACAGCCGAUUUUCGUAUUUGCAUCGAGGCUAUUUUUUUUUUAAAUCUUGGACAAACGAACCAUUCAAUUCACUUUUUUUUUCUUGAACAUUUACAACAACCAUUUUCUUAAUGAUAAGUAGGCAAUUUUUUUCAUAUAACUAUAAAAAUAAUAUGUUUCUUACCUUUUCAAAGGGGAUCACAUAAAACCAUAAGUAAAACCUGUCUGUCCUGAAUAGCCUACUUGGUGAAUUUCACAACGGCACAAAAUCUUAAUAAAAACGAAUUUCCACAAAAUGUUGCUUAUGAAGCUUACACAAACAUAGAUCUACAUAUCAGAUCUAAAAAAUACGCUACAGGUGGCCUAAAUUCAGAGAUAAUGAAUAUUGACUUUCAAAAAUGCAUUUUCAAUUAGAAAUCUGUUUUCCGCCAUACAUGUAACAUGUAAAUAAUUUAAUUGUAUACAUCUAGUUUCUAGAGCAGUGUUUCUCAAACUUUGUCUGCCGGCACAGUAAAAAAACUACAAAAAUUUCACGGCAAACCAUGAAGAGCAACAGUUGUUUUAUAAUUAAAAAAAAAAAGAUUUAUCUGUUUUUAAGUAUUACAUUUAAUGUGAAGGGUGUGCCUGUUUUUGAGAGCAAAUGCAAUCUAAUCGAGGCUCCAAAGUCGACAAACAAACUCGCAUUUCAUCGUCUAUUGUAAGAAGUCUCUCUCUUUUCUUAGACUUGAUUUCAGUCAGUACUGAAAAUCCAAACUCACAAAACCAUUAUGAUGCAAAUGGAAGAAUUAUUUUGAUUGCUUUUAAACUGAUUGCAGGAUAUAACUUAUGGAUUGAAAUCCAAAACAUGUCCUGGCUCUUUUCCCCAAAAAUUUGACUUAAGAACUGCAUCAUUUUUAAAUCAAUGAGCUGCUCUUCUUCUUCAUUUGUAAGAUUUGUAGCAUCAUUGUUUCCAAAUGGAUAGCUGACCCAUCCAUAUUCAAGACUUUUAACUGUUGGGAAGUAAUGCUUAAAUGCUGACUGCAGGUGUGUCAAAGUGUUCAGAAUUUUGGGGGUGAUUUCUUUAGUUGAAACACAUUCAUUGUAAGUAGGAAAGCAGUUGAAGACUCCUUUCGAGAUCUUACUUUGCCACAAAGACAAUUUUUCACCAAAUGACUUCAGUUUUGAGGAUGCAGUGAUGAUGGUUUCGAUGGUCUUGAAGACUUAAAUUCAAUUAAUUUAAUUUGUCAAAUCAGAGAUGAUGUCACCUUAACCCACCAGAUCUCAUCAUGAAUAGAAAAUCCAAAGUCUUUUUUUUUCAGCCUCCAAGAAUGAAAUCAGCUCAGCCUUGAGUUGGACGACACGCUUUAACACUUUUCCCCUGGAGAGCCAAUGAAUGUUGGUGUGAUACAGGAGACAUUUGAAUCCAUAGCUUCACAGAGCUGAGAGAAAAGUCGGGAUGCAAGCGGUCGAGAUUGGAUGAAGUUUACAACUUCAAUAACUUGAUCAAGAACAGACAUCAAAUCUUUCAGCAAAGAUUUGAAGGCAAGAGCUUCUCUGUGGAUCAUGCAGUGAACAACUAAUACAUUUGGAUUUUCUUGACGCACAAGAGAGACGAAUCCCUUUCUAUUUCCAUGCAUGGAAGGACAGCCAUCAGUGCAAACGCUGACACAGUUUUUCUCCACUGUAGUUUGAAUAGCAAAAUGUUUUCGUUCACCACUUUGAAAAUAUGUUCGCCUUUGGUCGUAGUUGCGCAAUAGGUAUUACUUAUAAAAGGCAUUGAAGAAACUUUGUCUAUUACUGAACAGUUACCAUUCUUGUCAUCCUUAAAGGAAGCAACUAAAGGGUCAAAGUCUUAAGAAAUUUUGGGCCAUGAACUCAUUGUUAAAUAUAAAGUACCAACCAUUGUCUCAGUCAACUCUGAGUGAUGAUGAAGAUGAAGGCUUUAGCGACAACAUUCUAUAUGAUUCUCGUUUGGUUAAUGGACCCAAAAUGGACAGGCGCAAUGUUUUUGAGUUAGAAAAACUGGGUCAGCCUCGUAUCAAGUCACCUCCGAAUGUACAUUUCCAGGGCAGAGGUCGUAGAACUGUAGUCAUUAUAGCUGUGUUAAUUGUCAUUGUACUUGGUGUAGCCGCAGCUGUUGUGUUUUCUAUCAUCAACCAUCUCUUUAACCAUGGUCUGGUUAUUGAUGUAACAGGAAAACCAAGUGUAGAUUGGAGAAGAGUCUUUAAUAAUACAUGGACAGAGUCCAGUCUAAGACUUGUUGAUGUGGAUCAAGAUAACUUGGAUGAUAUUAUCAUAGGUGUUGGAGACAAGCAUUUCAUUAACCUUGACACAGACCUCACUAUGGCUCAGUUUUGUCAAUCUAAAGGUCAAUCAUAUCCUUGUGGUGGUCUUGUGAUGGCCUUAAGAGGCUAUGAUGGUCAAGAUAUAUGGAAAUCUUCAACCAGAUCAUUUACACUAGAUACAUUUUGCGGAGAUAUUGAUGUAAAUAAGGAUGGUUUAGCAGACUGUAUCAUUACAGGUCGUCAUUCGACAUGUCAAGCUGUUGAGAGGAGAUCAGGUGACUUGUUAUGGAGAGUUGACCCUGAACGUGCUCAGUGGUCCAAUCAUUUCCUGCCACAAUGGAAUGUGUACAGAGGCCCAAGUGUACAAGAUCUAGAUCUUGAUGGUGUGCAAGAUUUCAUUGUAUUACAUAGUAAAGACAGGAACCUGGAGUUCUGGGAGCACACAUCAACAUCAGCUGGUCGACUAAUAAUUGUUUCUGGAAAGACAGGUGUACCUAUUGGUAAGGGCUACUUUGAAAUACCACCAAUGACAGAGUCUUACAUGACACCUGUUGGCUAUAGCACACCUAGUGAUGAGGUGUAUAUUCUCUAUGGCACUGGCAGUAAGCAAACAAAAGGUCAUUUGAUGGCCAUUUCUUUAGCUAGUCUCUACCAGAAAGUUACAGGACUACUGUUGAGUACUGCUGAUGAUAGCUGGUUGAGUUCAUUCAAUAUGGCUGAUGGUGAAGCUACACUCUUUAGUGGUGAGACUAAAGGUCUGAUCGUACCUCCAUUACUUGUUGAUGUAAACACUGAUGGGGCGGUUGAUAUCUUGGUUGUGACAGCUGAUGCUAACAUUGCUUUACUAAAUGGAAAAACACUACAAGUUGUUUGGAAGAAAACAUUUUCUGAUAUGGAAAUAAGCAGUUCUCCAACACCUGGUCAUUAUAAUCUUGAUGGGACUGUAGAUGUCCUUGUACAUUUGAAUGAAGUAGGAAAAGAGAACUCACAUAAUGCAAAGACUUUGAUACUGAAUGGAGUGGAUGGCACUGAGCUAUGGUCAUAUCAAGGAGAACAGAUUCACAAUUCUUCUGGCUUAUCCCUGAGAACUGUGUCUAAAUAUCAGGAUGUCUUCUUGGUCAAGUUGGGUGCCAAAAGGACUAGGCCACUCAAAAAGAUUCAGUUUUUUGAUGGUGAAGAAACAAAAGCACUACCAAUGAAUUCUUCUCAAACCGAAGACUUUAGGAAUAUGUGUGAUGAGAUCCUACAAAGAGUCUCAAAAGAGUCUGUACUUUGUGAACAUGAUUUAGACUUUCUGACCCAGACUGUUGUACUAUUUGAUCAAAGAUCAGCUGAGCAGCCUCUAAGACUUGUGGAAGAAAAGGCCUUCAGCUAUCAUUACAGACUUCAACACAAACCUGGAGACUUCCAUUGUCAUGACCUGACUGAAAGACAUAAGGAUAAGAUUGAUAUGUGUACUGUCUUAAUGCCUAGCAGCCUCACAGGUGGCAUAGGAGAUGUUGAUGGUGACAGAUCACUAGACUAUAUUCAUGUGUCACAGAUGCUUGGAGUGAACCGAAGUGACACAAUGAAUAUCACUGGAGAAAUCUCUAAUGUUGUGAUAUCCAAGUAUAAUAUUAAAGCAUCACUUGACAAACAUAUAGUAUUUGACACUAGUUCUGGACAUGUUCAGUUGUUCUCUGAUGACUCAAGUCAACAAGCUUUUCAGUUUCUUCCAUCAAGUUCACAAUUAUGGACACAGUAUCUAGGAACUCAGGGGAAUAGUAAAUAUAUAUUGCCAGACUGAUAGACCAGGCCUGUAGAAAUUAAGGUAACAGUGGCUGCAAUAUCUUGUAUAGAAUGGAUAUCAGGUGAACAUUUGGUUGACAAUACUUGACAGACACAGUCUGGUUGAACUCAGUUUUGUAUUUCCUGAGCUGUACAUACUUUCAGCAUUUAGGCCUUUUGUUAUGCAUUUGACACUUUGAUAUGACUUUGUUUUGAAUAGUUUUUCUUUAAUUUUAUCACAUUUCAACAUAGAAGAUUACAUAAAUGAAGUACAUACUAUUACAUUUUGUAUUGUCUCUAUGAAAGUAUAUACAUCCAGUUCCUUGUUCCUGCAUUCUUUUUAAUCUAGUCACUAGGAGGUUCAGGCAUGACAGUUCUGGUCUUCAGACUUCACAAUUUCAAAUACUUGAUAAGCAUUCUGGGCAAAGAAUACGUCUUUUGUGGUGCACAUUAUUUCUUGUCAUUUGUAUUUGAAAAACUUUCUGAAGGACAGCAUUGUCUUGUUUACUCUUUAUCUUAGUUCACUAUUGACAUGUUGACUUUUCAACACUUAACUUAUUCUUCUACAGUCAGCCCUUGUGUUAGUUUGUUUUGAGUAGGCUUGCAGUAGAGGUCAUUCAUUUUUAACUAAGUAUCUCACAAACUGAAUUAUAUGAAAAUGCAUUAAGUACUUUGGAAUCUCUUCUAGGACAACUGUUCUUCCUCUCUGAGUGUUCUUGUAGUGGGCCUAUUGUGUACAUAGCAGGCUGUCAAUAUCUCCAAGGUUACAUUACCUGGAAACAAAAAAGUCUCUACCUUGUCUGUUAACAUUGAAAUUGACUGUGGAGUUUCAUUGAAUUCUUUUUGCCAUGAAAUAUAGGGUGUAAACCAGUAGGUCAAUUUUACAAUUUUGGUGUACAGCAUGUUGUAUAAUUAUUGACUUUUAUGCAUAUUUUCAUUUGAUCAUAUUUGUAUAUUGUUGUUGAGUCCCAAGAUAUAUUUUCAUCUUCUUUGUAACAGUAUUAUAUGUAACCAUGGCUCUAGAUUAUACUAAAUGUGAUGUCAUUUAGAAUCUUUUUUACCAUAACUAUGUGUUACUCAAAAUAUCUGUGAAAAGGGAUUUUAUUAAUUAAGCAAACUGUAGAGAAAUAUUUGAAACAAGUGGUUCAGCAAAAAUCUUUUAACAAUUAUUUAUUGGAGCUACACUGGAUAAAGAAAUAGAUUGUUUCAUUGAUUGAUUACGCUUUUUGUUUGAUUGAAAUUCGUACACUUUUAAUGUUUUAACUUUGAAAGCAAUAGAAUCAGAUGUGAAAUUAGUUUAAAUCUGUCAAAUAUAUGGUGAUACAAUGUAAGCUGAAUUAAUUUCUUUCAAGUUCCAUAGCCCAGUCAGGUAGGAUGUUAUUUGAGCCAGGAUUUAUAAAUUUAUAAUCAAACAUAUUGUUUCCAUUGACAAAUUUGUAACUAAAUUUUUCAAGGUACUUAUUGUUAUUUUCCCACCUGUUUACUGUGCAUAAAAAUACUGUCAAUUUUUUAUGAAAUCAAAAAUGUUUGUAAAUAUAUAUAUAUAUAUGAAUACAACUAUUUUUUCACACCAAAAGACAUUUAUAAUCAACAUUGAUGUAAUAUUUUAAACAUGUUCAAAUGUAUUAUCUUGUUAUUGGAAUUCUAUUUGACUUCCUAAGCAUGUGGUAUGCACUUUGAACUGUCAUCACAAUGAAUCAUGUCUAUUAUCUUCUGACGGUUCCUUUUCUAGAGGUCUGGGCUAGGAUGUAAUAAUCUCCAUUUCUGAAGGAACAUCCAGAACAAACCAACAAAGAGUGUCAGUGUUCAGAUGAACUGAAACCUUCUAGCUUGAAGUCAUGAAUGUCAAUAGUUUUGUUUUGUUCACUUUGUGAAGUUUGCAUUUAGAAUCUUGGGAAGACUGGUCAAGUCUUGCUUCACAAGUUCAAAGUUAUUCCUGAAUGAUACUUUUGAUAGCAUCAGUUUGUAUUGUAUAUUAAUAUUUGAUUGAGUAAAAAGAGACUUCCUUUCCUACUAUUCCAAUACUGAUUGCAACUAAAAUGUUUUGGAUAGUCUCUAUGUAUUGCUUCUCUAUGAAAAUGAAAUUAAAUUGACAAAAAUACUACAUGUUUUAUAGUCAUUUUUUGUAGGAAACCUGGGCAUGAAAAAGUUGUAGUACUGAAAGUUUUCAGAUAGUUUUGCGACAAAUAUCAUAACUUCACAUUCCGUGGGCAAAAUAAUAUUUUCAGACGGUGCCUACAAUUUGUACAUUAACAGUAUUUGUAAGAACAUGUAUGUAUGUAUGCAUUGAUUGUCCAAUUGUUUUCUGUUUUAUUUUACUAAUACCAAUGCAUGUGACUCAAAGACACAAAAAUACAUACUCUUAAAUUUUUAACUCCAAAAAAUACUUAUUUCUUCAUUUGUAACAUAUAGAAAUAUAGGCAUAGAGCUCUUGUCAUUGCUGGCUAUAUAAACAAAAUUGACUAAAAAGUGAUGCUUUUUUUAAGCCUUGACAAAUGAAAAUAUUCUAAUGUUGGCUUUAUUUUAUUUGGAUUGUAAAAAAAAAAUUUUAAAAUGUAUUGCAUAUUGCACAUACUGGGACUUCAUUUAUUUUGACAAAGAAAAUGUUAUUCCUAUUAUUCUAGACUGUUGAUUUAUUUUAAAAUUGAAUGUAGUCUUGUUCAACAAAUAUUGUCUGUUCAUUUAUUUGUACUUUUUUUUUUUGACAGAGACAGAUUGAAAUUUUUUCUUAAGUUACAAUUAAUUUUCAGGCACCAUCUUUAAAUGUCUGGUUAGAUUUUGAUGUGUGAUACUUCUGUUCUACUUAUGGAGCUAGGAGUUCCAUGGCUGGGCAUGACCUAGGUAAUGGGGCAGAUAAGAUACAGAACAAACUCUUGUGACACACCUAUGUUUUUAUGACUUUAUUUAUACACAUCACAUACCUUGUAGGAUGUAUUUAUGUCUUUUGAAGAAAAGUCUGUCAUUUAUAA